CAUUUACAUCUGAUAACAAUUUACAUAGUAUCACAGAUUGACCUCCCAGGAAUACCAGGCCAGGAUGAUAAAACAGUUAUUUGUCCUCGCCGUCAUUCAUGUACUACUGACAUGUUCAGCUAACGCUCUGUCGAGACAUCGACGUGUGAUUGGUGGGAAGAUGGCGGGAGAUGGAGACUGGCCGUGGUUGGUCAGUUUACAUGGAGAGAUCGUAACCAAGAAACUCUUUGGUUUUAUCCCCAUUGCUCACAAGCAUUUAGUGUGUGGCGGAUCUGUGUUAAAUGAUAGGUGGAUUCUCACGGCAGCACACUGUUUUUAUGAUAGAAAUGGCGGAACUGAAAAACGGAAGCCAUCAAACUGGGAGGCCAAACUUGCCUCUGUGACAUUAAAAUCAAACCCGAUAGAAAAGAUCAAGAAUUUUCUAGGGACAUUAUUCAACAAAGAAUCGUGGCGGUACUGGGAGGUUGACGUGGAACGCAUUGUCCUGCAUCCCCAGUACAGCAAUAAAAAUUUUUGGGAACAUGACAUAGCCCUGGUGCGUCUGUCUCGAAGCGUGCCGUCUGGACCUCAUUACGACAAAAUAAAACGAGUCCCACUGCCAUCGGUUGACAAUGCGUCAUUUCCGGGAGUAGGGGAUGAUUGCGUCAUGAAAGGAUGGGGAUGCAGAUCUGGAGGUGCUAAAUUGUCCUUCAAAGCCCACAGCGUAUCACUCCCUGUUUAUAACAAAAAGUCGUGUGCGAAGAUAUACGGAACGAGGGACAUAGGAGAAAGAAUAUGUGCAGGAUAUUUGUAUAAUGGGAAGGGAAUUUGUAAGGGAGAUAGCGGUGGUCCAUUAACUUGUAGGAACAAAGAUGGUCAGUGGAUCCAAGUGGGUGUGGCUUCGUUUUCCAGUCGGGACCGCCCCGGAAGUUACCCCGCUGUAUUUACACGUGUUUCAGCAUAUUUAGACUGGAUAAAGAAAACAAUAAAGGGAUGAAUUCUGUGAAAUCCAUUAUCUUGAACAUUUUUAUAAAAUCAUUUUCUCUUCGAAAUACAAUUGACAAAUAAUUAGGAAAACUAUACGUCUUGUAAAAUAGGAAUAAUCAAUCCAUGUAAAGCAAUGUCCAAAUCAUUCAAAUGACGUUGUUUCAAUGAAAUUAAUAUAAAAAUAUCCUAUGCAAGUACAAUAUUUAAAUGUUUAAUUAAAGCCCGAAUAAUACUCUAA